AUGUCACAACAUCAAAAUACUUUUGCUUCAAAAACUACUAAGUCUACUCAAAAGGUUAGCGCUCCUUCCAUGGACAUUCCCGAUGAUGAGAUUCUAGAUGUGGUUCCUCUAUCAGUUAUUCCCUGCGAGGCCCUUGAUUUGAUCCAUCCCAUGGAUGCCUCAGCUUCUGCAUGCCCCAAUCCAGGAUAUUCUAUGAAGGGAGUCUCUACUCCCCUGUCUAAAAUGUACCCCUCUCCUGAGGUUGAACAACAUAGUGAGAAGAAUGAUGAUCCCUUCAGUUCUGAGAAGGACAUGGCUGCUGAAGGGUCGUGCUCUCUAGGGAAAACAGUGUCUGAUAAAGGAAAAUUUGUUGCAUCUAAAACUGCCAAUGCUUCCCACUCUGAGAAGCAUGAUGAUGCAAACGAAGUGAUUGACCUAAAGGAUGAUAGGUCUGAUGAUCAAGAGGAUAACUUACUUCAUCAUUUAAAGCCAAGUGUGGCUAAACGCAUGAAGACUCGAAAAGGAAGAUCUGUGGCGGAACUUAUGUUAGCUAGAAAAGCUAAGAAGACUGCUGGUAUUGGGCCCUCCAAAUCUUGGAGCAAGGUUGAAGUGAAGAAGAGGAAGAUUAGAGAAGACUCUGAGUCUGCAGAAGAUGUUGAGGAAGAUGUCUCUAACAUCUCUCCUGUGAAGAAAACCACUAUGAGGAAGUCUCCUGUUAAAUGCUAUGAGGGUUUAGUUAUGGAAUUCAUUGUCAACAUUCCUGAGGAUAUUGCUGAUAAGAACAACAAGGAAUUUUGCAAGGUGUUUGUGAGGGGUAAAUGUAUCAAAUUUUCUCCCACUGUUAUUAACAAUUUUCUGGGAAGAAAAAUUGAGGGUGCAAGUGAAUUGGAAGCUACAGACAAUGAGGAAGCUGAAGCCCACACCUGUAGUGAGAGGUCUGCAAAUAAUGAGGAGACAAGUGGAAAUUAUGUUUCUGGUGCUGAUGAAGCUGCAAGCUCAAGCUCUACUGAUUAG